AUGGCGGAAUUUAACGAGACGGGCGGCGUGAUUUUGGAUGGCCCAUUUGAUCCGGAUGCCCAGGCCACCGUGACUGACUUUAUUGAUUACACCGAAUACCUCCCUGCUGAUUUGCUCCGAUCUCUUACCCUCAUUCGCGGCCUAGAUAAGCGCUAUCUGGACAGCGCACAAAGUGUCCAUGAUCUCACCAAGACAUACGGUCAGCUCCCCGACCUCCCUCCUGAUGUGCGCCCCGACCCUACCGCUUUGCGCCGAGAUAUCUCGGCGCAGCUGGACAGCGCCAUCAACGCUCGCGAGUCCGCUUACGCCGAAGCCUGUCGAUUAUACGAUGUGGUGGACCGCCAUUUCAACCGUCUAGAUUCUAUUAGGCAGAAACUCGAAGCGCUGCCAAAACCUGCCGAGCGCGAGCCCACUCCUCCUCCACAACCCCUUACAAACACGAAGCGUCCGCGCACAAGCAAGAAAGAAGAUGCACCGCCGACAACAACACGAAUUACACUGCGGUUGGAUGGUGCGAGAAGCUAUAAGAAGUCGAGAACACGACGAUCUGUGGUUGCGGCAGAGCAUCUUGCGGGAUUGCACCCUGAUUCUCCAAUCGCCAGCACGGAGCACUCGGAUAAUGAGGCGGAGUCUAAGACUACGCCAUCAGAACCUGUGGCUCAAACCAAAAAGGAGAAGCAGGCCCGUCGUUCGAGGCCAUCUGGAGAGGCGCCCCAUUCCCUCAAGUCUGCGGGCAUGUCUACUAGCAGCGCUCUGGCACUGCUUAAACCCCCUCCGGAAGAUGCGAAGCCGGGAAGCGAAGAUUUACCGUGGCUGCGUCUCACGGAGUGGGAAAUGACAAAACUUCGCAAGAAGAUGAAAAAGAACGCAGUUUGGCAGCCUAGCGAGGUGAUGAUUCACCGGGAAUUGGCCAUCCGUGGCCGUGGAUGGGAGGCAUACAGGGCAGCGAAGGCGGAGGCCGAGGCGAAUGGCACCGAAUUUCUUGAUUGUGACGACAUUGCAAACAACAAUAGCAAUAUUCCGGGACUCACGCGUCGCGACGGAAGCAAAGAAGUCGAUGGCAUUAUAGAAAUGAAACUGAGCAACCGAGGAAUGAAACUAAAUGAAGCCAAAAAGCUGAAGCGCGAAAACCAGGCGAGAGAACAAGCCGCUUUAGCCGCUGCGGAGGCAGAAGCAGCCAAGCGCCUAGGUCAGCUCGGCUCCACCUCCCAAGGUUUUGUCUCCAACGGUGCUGAUCGUCCGCAGGAGUCUUCGGCGGCGGACAAACCAAGCCGAUCAUUGAAAAAACGGAAACCCGAAACGAACAGUCCACCGGCGCCGGAACUCGCCGGUCCGCAAGAGGACGGUGAGAGUCGACCUACGCGCAGUACAGCUAAGCGUCGAAAGAGGGACAGAGAAUCAUCACCGACGGAAGCUUCUAUUCCGGAAGCACCGGAUAAUGCGCCUAAGAUUAAAGUGGAUUCGUCUGAAUCGCAAAAGCCAGCAGCAGCUGUGCAGUCGACUGUCACAAGAUCUAAAGGAGGGGCGACUCCAGUCCCAUCAGAAUCCCGGCCGCCAUCGCGCGGAUUCUCGAAUACAACAGCUGAGCCAGUCUUGAAUGCAGCACGAGAACUACGUCGGACAAGUGCCACCCCCGCUAGAAAAACACCUGAGGGAUCCCGUGCACCCAGCGUCAGCGCACCCACACGACGCCGUAAGCGGCCCGCUCCAGGGCCGGUGUCAAACGGCCCGGACGGGGGUGCUGCAGUAAGCUAUGGACGUCGCAAGGCCAAGCCUGGCAAAAAACGAGUAGGGCCACGGGAGCCGGGCCUUAACGUGGGGCAAGAUAUCCGCAUUGAUGAGGACGGCGUGCUUGAAGAGAUCGACCCUAAUGAGCCGCGUUACUGUAUCUGCGGAGACGUCAGUUUCGGAACAAUGAUCUGCUGCGAGAACCCAGACCUAACUUGCUCAGUGUGA